AUGGUACUGGCCAUUUGUCCAUUUUCCCUCUUGGACUCCAACGAUCCUUCUGGCCAGACGCUCACUAGUGAAAUAGAUAACUACAAAAGAAGAGGAAGAUAUAUUGAAGGAAAGAUGGAUCCGCCCACGACUCCCGAGUCUGGACUCUUCCACCCGGCGAGGGAUUCGAUGCAGGUACACUCCGAGACGCACAGUGGUUAUACCUCUUCGAACGAGGAUCACUUCUCCGACGCGCCAGAGGGUCCCGACGCCGUUGCCGAAGUGGAUAAUGACAAAAGGCUACCGACAUCGCCGCCGCUGCCACCGUCAUUGCCUUCGAUACCGCUGGUGCUUGUCGAGAAGAUUGAUGAGAGGCCGAGUCACGGUGAGGUACCCGGCACAGGAGCGUUUGAGGGACGAACGGCGGGUGCGAGGCCAGACGUGAUACGCAUUCAACCAUUGCCAGAUCUGCUCGCUGCCGUUCCUAGGGCCUUCGGUGAUAAUCCUGAGGGCGAGGAGCAAGAAAAGGAGGAAGAAAGUAAGGGGGAAGUGGAAACAUCAAGAUCUGAUGUCCCCAUUACGAUUGUCGAACGAGUCGGUUCCACGCCCGCUCAUGGGGAAAUCCCCGGAACAGAAGCGUUUGCAAAGCGACUCGUCGACGCCGCGCCAGACGUUAUCCGAACCGCUACCACCUCGCCUAUUCCCACGACUGUGGUUUCUAUCGUUGACUCAGACAAGCCAUUGCACGGGGAGGUCCUUGGCACCGAGGCGUACAAGAUGAGGGCCGCGGAUGCUCAGCCGGACGUGGUGGUCAAGUGGAAUGAAGAGGAGGAUAAGAUUGCAAGGAGGGUUAAAAGUGAGAGGGAGAGGAUUGAAAAGUUGAUGAUGAAUCCUGGGAGAGCGAGAAGCGUGAGCCCCGGACAGGGGCCGAAGAGUGUAGCUCCCGCGGUGAAGGGGAGGGUGGACUCGGUUUCUAUUACAUUGCCAAUUGGGGAACCGGAGGGGAAGGAGGGAAAGGAGAAGGAGAUUAAUGGGGUUGAGAAAGGGGGUAAGGAGGAUGAUACGGUGAAGGAACAGCCGCUAAGAAGUCAAUCACCUAUUUCUUCACAGAAGUGUGGGCCACCCGUGCCUGUUGGAGAGCCGGAAAUCACUCAUGACGCCCCUAUUGGGGCUGGAGUUGAGAGGGCAAAGGAGGAGACAAAAGAAGUGCCUGCGGAGGAAUCGGGGGCAGAAGAUGCCAAGGAAGAAGUCAAGGGUCAAGUAAUAGAUGGUGUUAAUGCGGGAAAAAAUGGAAAGGUGGAGGAAAGGGAGGAGGAUGAAGCGGCAGAGGAAGAAGAGAAGGAGGAAACUACGGCAAAGGAAGAUGAAAUAAGGGGAGAGGAAGCAGAGGACGAUGAUGGCUUUGGAGACGACGACUUUGACGAUUUCGGCGAAGUUGUAGAGGGUGAGGAGUUUGAUGACUUUGGAGGAUUUGGUGAAGCAGAGGCCUUUGAGCCGCCGCCCGUCGAGGCGGCUCCACCACCUGCGCCUCCACAAAUUCCAGUUAUCCCUGUGCCGGUACUCGAUUUCGAGAGGCUAGAUGAUGAGGACACUAUCCGUCGAGCUGCUGCAGAGGCUAUGGCAAUAAUGUUUCCGAUUGACAAGGAGAAAUACAAAAGCAUUACUCCUAUAUCAAUAGACGACAAUGCAUUCCUCACGGAACGAAGCUUGUCACUCUGGAAUCAACUUUCCGCACCCCCGCCAUUACAACCACCUAAUUGGAAGAUGUCUCGGAUCCGCCGUCUCUUCCUUGUCUCCCUUGGUGUACCCGUAGAUCUGGACGAAAUCCUCCCAGCUGAGACUAAACAAAAGAAGCUAGUCCUACCAUCUGUCAACAUCGCACGCAAGUCGAUCGAUGAGAGUGCCGGUCGUAGAAAUUCACGUUCGAGAUCACGAGCACGACGGUCUACUUCCUCCAGUCGGAGGAAAAGUGGAGUCAUUGGGCCGGAAGCGCUGGACGUGCCGGGCGCUCGUAUCCUGUGCUCCACAAGUGAUGUUGCGCUCUGGGGCCUCACAGUCGAGGAGUUAAAAGAGCACAUCAAGAAACUAGAAUCAAUCACCUGUACCGCAAGUGAGGUACUUACCUACUGGCUCAAGAAGCGGGAAGGCGCCAUUAGCGAUAAAGAAACCUUCGAAACUGUCAUCGAGAGUUUGGUAGGGUACGCCCGGAAGAAGCGACAGAACGGCUAA